UUCACAAAUCUUUCAUGUAUUAGUGUAAAAUGAUUUCGUUUUGAAUAAAAGCUUAGCAUUGCAUGUUCUCAAAUCACAUCCAAAAACCACUUCAAAAGUUGGUAAAAAUGAAAACCACAAUGAGUUAUCUUCUUCUUCUAUUCCUCCCUCUUCUAGUAAAUGCUAAGCUCAAAAGAACCACACUCUAUAUUCCUCUUGUUCACAAUGGUGUAAAUGUUUUUGACACCAAAGUAAUUUCCCCUCCCGUCGUAUCUCCGCCAAACACCCAAGGGAAAGCCGUUAUGGCGGAGAUUUAUUUCGGGUCUCCUCCUGUAAAGCAAGUUCUUCAUUUAGACACCGGAAGCAGCCUUACGUGGGUACAGUGUUUCCCCUGCUCCCGCUGUUUCGACCAGAACCGGCUUCCCAAAUACUGGCCAAAAAAAUCAAAAACAUACCGCGAACCAAUGUGUGAAAGUGAAGAUGGGAAAUGCAGAUACGAGUUGAUUUAUUUAGACAAAUGUGUCGUCAAAGGUAUACAUGCGCAAGAACUGGUUACAGUAGAUACGCUUGAUGGUGGGUACGAAAGGCUAUAUGGUGUGCGUUUUGGGUGUACUGAGCAUAGCGAGGGUACAAGCUUUAUAGGGACGGGUAUAUUAGGUCUCGGGGCUGGAAUGUCCUCCAUCAUAGGUGAAUUUGACUAUAAGUUCUCAUUUUGCCUUGGUAGGAUAAGCGAUAAACGCUCCAAUCACAACCUCAUUUUCGGAGACGGUGCAAACAUACAAGGACAUCCAACGGUAAUUAAUAUCACGAAUGACCAUUAUUAUUUUUCACUGGAGUCCAUCAUUGUUGAAAGGAAAAUACGCUUGGACCACCCAGUCCAAGUAUUAGUUGAUACAGGCUCCACGAUGUCUUACGUCUCACCAGGUUUGUACUACAAUUUCGUUGAUGAGUUUGAAGAGAUAAUAGGUCGACCUUCUUCAUAUAGGCCAAAUCUAUGCUAUAAAGCAGAAGAUAUAGAGCAGCUAUACACGUUUGACGUCGGCUUUGAAUUUGCCGGAGGGGCUCAACUGAGCGUUAACGUCCAUAAUAUAUUCUUACCAACUGGGCCACCUGGAGAUCUUUGUUUGGCGAUCAUAAAUAACGAGAAUUCUUUUUCAGACAUCAUCAUUGGGGUUACAGCUAUGCAGGGGCAUAAUUUGGGGUACCACCUAAGAAGAAAAACCGUUUAUUUACAAAAACAAAACUGUAAUAAGUCGAAACUUUAAUGGUUACGUAUCAUCGUUUCUGUUUGUUUAAUAAUUUUAAUAAUAAUUUAAAUGAUAAACAUAAAAUUGUACAACUAUAAAUUGAAGCUAAAUAUACCGUAUCUGUUAAACA